CUUCAGAAAUAGCACGGCACAGGCCGUUACUUAUUCAGAUGCAGAAGCUCCUUCCGUCCCACAAGCCGGCCCAUUCGAGUCACAUGCCAGAGGUCUCAGCAGAAUGGGCUGCAGCUGCUUCAAAUCUGCUGUCUAACAUCAGAAGCAGUUGGACAAACUGUGCUGUGCUGACGGCAGCAAGCCUGCCGAGUGCUGGGGAAGACAGGGAAAAGAUCUGGGACCCGAGCGCGAUGUUCUCGGAGGAUCUGUGGCUGGAAAAUGAGAAAAGCUGUGCUGUCGUCCACAAGUCGAAGCGGGGAAGGAAGCGCCAAGAGCUCCUGGCCGUGGCCCUGGGGGUGAAGGUGGGAGUGAAGGGGGCACUCCUGUGGCAACCUCUGAAACUCUUUGCCUAUUCACAGAUCACCUCCUUGGUCCGAAGAGCAGCCUUAACUCAAAACGACAACCAUUUCAACUAUGAAAAAGCACACAAUUUUAAGGUCCACACGUUUCGAGGUCCACACUGGUGUGAAUACUGUGCCAACUUCAUGUGGGGUCUCAUCGCUCAGGGAGUGAGGUGUUCAGACUGUGGGUUGAACGUACACAAACAGUGCUCCAAGUACGUGCCCAACGACUGUCAGCCCGACCUCAAGAGGAUAAAGCGUGUCUACUGCUGUGAUCUGACCACACUGGUGAAAGCCCACAAUACCCAGAGGCCAAUGGUGGUGGAUUCCUGCAUCCGAGAGAUUGAAGCAAGAGGUUUGAAGUCUGAGGGCCUCUACAGAGUCUCAGGCUUCACUGAGCACAUUGAAGAUGUGAAAAUGGCCUUUGAUCGAGAUGGUGACAAGGCUGAUAUUUCUGCCAGUAUUUAUCCAGACAUAAACAUUAUUGCUGGAGCACUGAAGCUGUAUUUCAGAGACUUACCAAUUCCUGUGAUCACCUAUGACACCUAUUCCAAGUUCAUAGAGGCAGCAAAAAUCUCCAAUCCUGAUGAACGACUAGAAGCAAUACAUGAAGUGUUGAUGUUACUCCCUGCUGCUCACUAUGAGACACUUAGAUACCUAAUGAUUCAUCUCAAAAAGGUUACUUUGCAUGAAAAGGAGAAUUUUAUGAAUGCUGAAAACCUGGGAAUAGUGUUUGGGCCAACUUUAAUGAGACCUCCAGAGGACAGUACCUUGGCUACUCUGAAUGACAUGCGGUACCAGAAGCUAAUUGUGCAAAUCUUAAUAGAAAAUGAAGAUGUUCUCUUUUAGACAAACAUGGGCACAUCUUCAAAACCACUUGUUUUAAAAUGAUUAGUUUGAAGGGAAAACGGCAUUUCUUUAAUUUUUUUUUUUUAAAUAAAGGAAAAGUUCCUUGGCUGCACUUCAAUUUCUGCAAAGCUGCAGAUGGAUGCCAAAAUGUUAGGGAAAGCCUGUGUCUCAUAGACAUAUGCCUCUUUGUAGAAGGGGGAAAAAAGGUCAGAAAAAAUCCUCUCACCUUGUAUCUUUUGCCUUGCCUCGGGUGUAUAUUUGUUUUGAGAAGCUGCAAGCAAUUUUAUUGUUAACUUAUUAAGAAACACAAAACGUAUUUUAAUAUGGCUAGAGAAGCAAAAAGGUACUUAAUCAGCGUUAUUUGUAUACAGCUAUACAUUUCCCUCUCCAUAAGACAUAAUUAUAUAUGUCAAUUGUGAAACAAAACUUAUAUUAUAAAGAUAUUUUUACUUUAUCUAGCUGAAAGAAUGGCAUUUUAUUUUAGCAAACUACAACUCAAUGCGGUGCAUUGAUUGUUUUCCACAUAAUUCUUUCCUGCAUUUUUGCUAUGAUAUAUUGAAAACAACUACCACGAUUGCAGUAUUAUCUUGACAUACCUCUUUCAUGGCAAACGUUUUAAAGGAGAAUCUUCUUUUUCUUGUGUGUAUUCCAACUUUCCUUAGGUUUCUUUGUAUUUAGGCAUUAGCAUUCCAAGACUGUAUAGUACACUUUUAACCAUUUUGUAUUUCUCAAAACAUACAGUAUUUUCUCAUUUUUGUUUUUUUUCUAAUCCCAUAUUAAAUAUGAUAUUGAGAAUUUCCAAAAGUCCUGGUGGUAGUAUCAGUUUCACUUGCCAGAUAUUUUCUUAAUUAUUAUUUCAUUAAUAUGUAAGUUAAGUGAUGCUGGGACACUGGAUAUUUUCUGGCCUUGUUGAAAAGUUAGCACUUUUUUGCGUUAAAUAUGAAGGAUUUGGUUUUUCUGUAAAAAUCAAGCUAUGUUUUGUCAUGUUUCUGUAUUUAUAAAUGUAAAGUAAAUCUGCUGAAAAUGUAGGUUAUUUCUCUUGAAUGUGUUCCAGAUGGUUUGUUGUUUUUGUUUUUUUAAAAAGAGGACAAAAAAACACAAGAAUAUGGAAAUGUGGAAGUUGGUAAUUUUAAUUAUUACCAAAUUUUAAUAUUUUUCUCCCUUCACAAACAUUGACUACAGAGUUCAUAGUCUAACUGUAACUUAUCCCUAAUGUUAAAACUGUUUCUCAGCAUGAGAUGUUUCUGCAAGUAUAGAAAAAAUCAGCAUACUUUACUACCAAACUCAAUUUUCAGUACAAAAGAAAAUAUAAUAAUCCCUCAUCUUGAUUGUUUGUAUGAUAUAGUGGGUAACUCAGUUUCCUGAAUUAUUUCAGGGAGCACAUGUUUCUAUUCAAAUUGAAAAAAAAUACAUGUAACUAUGAUAAUGAAGGAAAGUGGAGGGUAUUACUGUAAAUUUGUUGUCUUCUAGAGAAAUAACUAAGGGCUAGAUAGAUUAACCCAGAUUGCAGAGCAAAUGCUAAAUAGUCUGAGUUCCCAAUACUUCCAUAGAUCCUCCUGACUUGUACAGGACUAUUUGUUGUAGGUUAUGUACUACUUAAUACUGUCAUAAAAAUGAUCUGGAAAUGGUUUUAUUUUGUGAAGUGAAAUAUGCUUUGUAAUUUAUGAUAGUGUAAAUGGAAGGAAAAUCCCAUUAAAUGUGUUAAAGAGUU